AGUGACAGUCAGGGUCAGUCAGUGGCUCAGGAGCCCUUCCCUGCACCAUGAGCGUUUCUCUUCUGAGUUCCAGCAUUUUCCUGGGUGGCCUCUCUGGGCUCCUCCAAGGGGCCUCUCUGUUGACUCUGCUGCUGCUGCUGCUGCUCAAGGCAGCCCAGCUCUACCUGCACAGGCAGUGGCUGCUCCGAGUUCUCCAGCAGUUCCCUUCCCCUCCUUCUCACUGGUUCUUCGGACACAAACAGCAGUUCCACAAGGACCAGGAACUGCAACAGAUUCUGAAAAUAACAGAGAAAUUCCCGAGUGCCUGUCCUCGUUGGCUAUGGGGGAGCAAGGUCCUUUUCCAAGUCUAUGACCCAGACUACAUGAAGGUGAUUCUGGGGAGAUCAGACCCAAAGGAACAUGAUGGCUACAGAUUCCUGACUCCGUGGAUUGGGCAUGGUUUGCUCCUGUUGGAAGGGCAGGCAUGGUUCCAACGCCGCAGGAUGCUGACCCCAGCCUUCCACUAUGGCAUCCUCAAGCCCUACGUGAGGUUCAUGGCAGACUCCGUCCAAGUGAUGCUGGACAAAUGGGAGAACCUCACUGACCACGACACUCCUCUGGAGAUCUUUCAACACAUGUCUGUGAUGACCCUGGACACCCUGAUGAAGUGCGCCUUCAGUCAUCAGGGCAGUGGCCAACUGAAUAGAAAUUCCCAGUCCUACAUUCAGGCCAUUGGAGACAUGAAAAACCUGUUGUUUUCUCGUGUGAGAAGUGCCUUUCACCAGAAUGACAUCAUCUACUGGCUGACUCCUGAUGGCCGCAGGACCCACCGCACCUCCCAGAUUGCUCAUCAGCACACAGACAGAGUGAUCCGGCUGAGGAAAGCUCACCUACAGAAUGAUGAAGAGCUGGAGAAGGUCAGGGGGAGGAAGCACUUGGACUUCCUGGAUAUCCUCCUUCUGGCCCAAGCAGAACGUGGGAGCAGCUUGUCUGACCAGGACCUUCGCGAUGAAGUGGACACGUUCAUGUUCGAGGGCCAUGACACCACAGCCAGUGGCAUCUCCUGGGUCCUCUAUGCUCUGGCCACUCACCCUGAGCAUCAGCAGAGGUGCCGGGAGGAAAUCCAGAGCCUCCUUGGGGAUGGCACCUCCAUCUCCUGGGACCACCUGGACCAGAUGUCCUACACCACCAUGUGCAUCAAGGAGGCCCUGAGACUCUACCCUCCAGUACCUGGUGUUAGCAGAGACCUCAGCAAACCCAUAACCUUCCCUGAUGGGCGCUCCUUACCCAAAGGUAUCACGGUCUCACUGUCCUUUUAUGCCCUUCACCACAACCCGGAGGUGUGGCCAAACCCAGAGGUGUUCGACCCUUCCCGCUUUGCACCAGGUUCUACUCGACAUAGUCACGCUUUCCUGCCCUUCUCAGCAGGGUCCAGGAACUGCAUUGGAAAACAAUUUGCCAUGAACGAGAUAAAGGUGGCUGUGGCCCUGACUCUGCUCCGCUUUGAGCUGCUGCCGGAUCCUUCUAGGGUCCCCAACCCAAUGUCAAAGGUUGUGUUGAUGUCCAGCACUGGGAUCCACUUGCGUCUCAAGAAGCUCAUCUAUCCCUGAUGGGAACGAGGAAAGUCUCUGAGGCCUAAUGGCUGUGCUAUCUUCUUGUCACCUGCUCUAGUCCCAUGCCUGUCUGCCCACAUCCUGCCUGUUGCCACCCAGUUGUUCAUAUCCCCACCUGCCCGCUCUCCUGCCUCUAGUCUGUCUGUCCUUCUCUCUCUCACCUUUCUCCAGAAUUCCCACCGGCUUGUCCCAUGAACCCUCCCUGCCUGUGUCCCUGCCUGUCACCUCCCUCCUGAAUCAGUGCUUGCCCUCCAGCCCAUCUGCCCCUCCACCUUGCCUUUCUACGUGCUUUUCUGUUCCUGUAUGAGCUGCCAUUGCUGCUGUAAUAAACUGCCACAUCCUUAGUGAA